AUGAAUACAUCUGUUGAAGAAGUUGUUUCAAACGGCAAGAAUCAUUCGAUGAAAAUAUCAUUCGGUGUCAAAAAGAAACAACCAGCUAUCAAUGCUGAUCUCAACUUAUUGAACGAUGGAAAGCGAUCGCAAAGUGACGAUGAAGAGAGUGAUGGAGUGUUCGUUGAAAAUGCUAAAAAAUUACGGUUGACUCAUUUCGAGGAUGGUGUAAUCGUCGAGUACGUAUUUGAAUCUACCUUAGGUUUUUGCUUAUUGACAAUGAGCUAUAAGCAUGCCUUUAUCGACGAAAAAGACGUGAAGAAAUCGUCAGAUGGACUCGUGAUACCGAUGGUGAAAGAAAAUGAUUGGCGUAUGGAGAGGUUGUUAAGAUUAAUGAACGAAGGUAAAUUAAGUGCUGAAGAGGCAGCGAAACUUGAACUACUGAAAGAGGCUUCUUCACCAUCUUCAAGCACUGGAAUUAAGAAAAUUGACGAGAAUGAGAGUGAUGGACUGACGUCGAAAAUAACCGCAGAAGACGCAGACUACGAACAAGUUCCGGUUGAAUCAUUCGGUUUAGCGGUACUACGUGGAUGUGGCUGGAAGGAGGGUGAAGGCAUUGGACUCACCAAUAAAAGAGUUGUACCGUUGAAAUUACCACCGAGGAGACCAAAAGGACUCGGUCUCGGUGCUGAUGUGAACAUGGGGAAGCAGAAUGGUAAAAGUGAAGUCACUGGUGGUAGUAAAGAUCCCGACGUUGGGCCGUUGAAGAAGUUCUCCUAUGUGAAAAUCUUGAGUGGUGCUCACAGAGAUAGUUACGGUAAAGUGCAGAGUUUUGAUGAAGACAAUGCGAGUGUGAUAGUGGAAUUAGCGAUUAAAGGUAACAAUGUUCGUGUGAGUGGAUUUGCGGUUCAAGUGAUUAGUGCGAAAGAAUAUGAACGCGAUGCGAAAUGCAUUAACAAACGAAAUUACGAUCGAGAGAAGAAGCGAAUUGACGAAAGGAAUAAAAUGAAAUUGGAAGAGCAAGAAGAGAUGAAAAGAAAACGAAAGUCGAAACAAGAAUCCUGGAUAUCUUAUGAAAAAGAAGACAAGCGGACUUUGGAUAAAGAUGUGAAUAGGAUAAAAGAGAGUAAGAGAGUCGAUAAAUCCUCAAGAGAUUCGAGAGAAAGGCGGAUGUGGGUAAGACCUGAGUUACGGGUGCGAUUCAUCGACAAAAACUUUAAGAACGGAAGGUUAUACAACGAAAAAGUUCGUGUUGUGGAUGCGGCCGAUCCGGAAAACUGUGCAGUUGAAGACAAUGGAGGGAAAACUUACUAUCAGAUUCAUGAAGACUGGCUGGAAACAGUGAUUCCAAAACGAGAAGGGUCUCGUCUGAUGAUCUUACGAGGUCCUUUGAGAGGACAGCUGGGCGUUAUGGAACGGAAAGAUAAGUAUAAUGAACAAGUGCUGCUGCGAGUUUUGCUGAAUGACGAAUUGGCAUCGUUUUCAUUCGAUGACGUUUGUGAAUGGGUCGGUGAGAUUGACGAUGACUGA